AUGUCGAAAGUGCCUACUCUCGACAUUACAAUGGCAAAUGCGGUGGCUGCCGGUACAGACAAAGCAACCCGUCCUGAUGGAACUAAGUCGAUGACUCAGGUUACUGCGGAGGAGCUUGCAAGAGACUCUGUGGCGCAGCUUUUGGCUAAAGACAAGGCCCUCAAAGAGAAAUACACAAAGGAGAAGCACAUCUCGGAGCAACCAUGGACCAAGGACAACUGGUACCAGCAUAUCAACUGGUUGAACACUAUUUUGGUGCUUGCAGUGCCAGUCAUCGGUAUAGUUUGCAGUCUGUGGAUCAAACCCACGAAGCAAACCGCACUUCUCGGCCUCCUCAUGUACAUUUUGAGUGGUGCCUCGAUCACGGCUGGCUACCACCGGCUUUGGUCGCACAGAUCGUACAAGGCAUGCCUUGCAGUGCGUAUUUUCUACGCACUCUUUGGAGCCUCGGCCAUCGAGGGCUCGAUUAAGUGGUGGGGACACGCUCACCGGAUCCACCACCGGUACACGGACACAAACAGGGACCCAUACGAUGCCAGAAAGGGAUUCUGGUAUUCGCACAUCGGCUGGAUGCUCCUGAUUCCAAACCCUCGCUAUAAGGCAAGGGCAGACAUCAGUGAUCUCAUCGAUGACCCGGUGGUGCGGUUCCAGCACAGGCACUACCUUGCAAUUAUGGUGUUCAUGGCAUUCUUCUUCCCAGCUUUGGUCAGCAAGUACUUCUUUAAUGACUUCUGGGGCGGAUUUGUCUACGCAGGAAUCUUCAAGAGUUUCCUCAUCCAGCAGGCCACCUUCUGUGUGAACUCGCUCGCCCACUGGAUCGGAACGCAGCCUUUCGACGACACCCGUACACCUAGAGAUCACGUUCUCACCGCCUUGGUCACUUUCGGUGAAGGUUACCACAACUUCCACCACGAGUUCCCAUCCGACUACAGAAAUGCAUUGAAGUGGUACCAGUACGAUCCAACCAAGGUGAUCAUCUGGGUGACCUCGAAGUUGGGCUUGGCAUACAACCUCAAGCGGUUCUCGCAGAAUGCCAUUGAUCAGUGCAGACUUCAGCAGAAGCAGAAGCAUUUGGACAGGGAGCGUGCAAAGCUCAACUGGGGUCCACAGUUGACCGAGCUGCCUGUUUGGGACAAGGCCGAGUUUUUCGAGCAGAGCAAGAAGCAGAAGGGUCUUGUCAUUAUUUCUGGAAUCGUCCAUGACUGCUCCAACUUCCUCACAGAGCAUCCUGGAGGCCAGGCCUUGUUGAAGGCUUCGUUCGGCAAGGACGCCACAAUGGCCUUCAACGGUGGUGUUUACUCUCAUACAAAUGCCGCACACAACUUGUUGGCAACUAUGAGAGUCGCUGUUAUUAAGAACAGCCGGGCCGGCGACCGUAUUUAUGACCAGCAGCUGCGUGCAUUUAAUGCCAAGAGCACCAAGGCUGAGUAG